AUGGAAACUUCAAGGAUGACGCUUAAUGGAAUUAACAAUAAUGAAGGAAGUAUGGCUGCUUUAGACCGUUAUGUUGCUCCUGGUUUGCGACUUUGGAUGCUUGUCGCUCUGGUGUCUGGAGUAUUACUAAUUAUGGUGGUGAUCGUUUGUUGCUUCAUGCGAAUCCGAAUACCCCGUACGAAGCGACAAAUUGAUUUAAUCGCUGCAAGAAGGAAAAUGCGAAAAUCGACUUUAUCUGCUGAACAUUCACCAGACGAAAAAACACAACCAAUCGUAAUGAAUACAGCGAAACAAUCGAUUCAUCAGAAAGGAGGUAGUCGUCGGGAACACGAAGACGAUACCACUGAAUCUGUACCUCUUGUGCAUAAGGUUCCAACACAUGCUACUACCACGGUUUAA